CGCGCGGCAGGAAGAAGCUUCUUUUUAAUCUUUGCGUACUCCUCCGAUACUUUGAUUUGGGUCGGGCACUUAUAAAGUUCGGAUGGCAUUUUCAAGCAGGUUUUGGGUCAUGUGGGUGACAACAGGGCGGUGGCUGCUUUUUACGCAAACUGCAGUUUAAAGAUGGAGUAAAUCUUUUUUGAGGGAAAAAUCUUCCUUUCCGGAGUGGGACAGAAUGAGGAGUUACCCACAAUGCAUCGCCUUUCUGGGACAGUUCGGACGCUUCCAGCAGAUUGUUUUCUUCCUGCUAUGCAUCAGCAUCGUGCCCAACGGCUUCGGCGCCUUCACGCUGAUCUUCCUGGCGGACACGCCGAGCCACCACUGCCGGGUUCCGGACGUCAACCUCACCGAGGACUGGCGCGGCGCUAUCAUCCCGGUCCGGGUGGUCGACGGCAAGCCGCAACCCAGCAGCUGCAGCCGGUACCGCCUGGAUGUGGUCCGGAACCUCUCGGAUAUGGGAUACAGUCCGGAUCAGGACGUAAACCUCACCACCCUGGAGGAGGAGACGUGUAAGGACGGCUGGAUCUAUAGCAAGGACAUCUACCAGUCCACCAUUGUCACUGAGUUCGACCUGGUGUGCGACCAAAAGUGGAAGAAGCCGUUCACCACCACCAUCUUUUUUGUGGGCAUCCUGAUCGGAUCCUUCUUCGCCGGACAGCUCUCAGACAAAUGCGGAAGGAAACCCAUCCUCUUCGUCACUUUGGCUCUCCAGACCAUCUUCACCUUCAUUCAAGUCUUUUCCGUGUCCUGGGUGAUGUUCACCAUCCUCCUGGUCAUCAACGGUUUGGGACAGAUGUCCAACUAUAUGGCCGCUCUGGUCCUAGGAGCAGAGAUCUUAACAGGCAACGUUCGCCUGCUGUAUUCGUCGUUGGGAACUUGCUCCGGAUUCGCCGUAGGCUACAUGCUGCUGCCGGUUUGUGCCUACUUUGUGAGGGACUGGAAAAAUCUCCUGCUGGUGCUGUCCGUGCCCUGUCUGGCCUUCUUCCCUUUCUGGUGGUUCAUCCCGGAGUCUCCUCGGUGGCUUCUCUGCCAGGACCGGGCCGAAGAGGCGGAGGCCAUCAUAAGGAAGGCGGCCAAAAUCAACAAGGUUCAGGCCCCUGGUGUCAUCUUCGAAGGCUAUGUGGCCAAGGCCAAGACGGACCCCAAAGAGCCACACAGCAUCUUGGACCUGGUCAGGAACAGCAACAUUGCUUUCAUGACGGUCAUUCUCUGCUACGUGACCUUCACCAUGUCGGCAGGAUACUACGGCAUCUCCUUCAACACCACGCAGCUCCACGACAACACCUACCUCAGCUGCUUCAUCUCCGGCGCCGUGGAGCUGCCGGCGUACGUCUCCAGCUGGCUGGCGCUGCGCUACGUCUCGCGGAGGCUGUCCGUCAUCGGCACCUUGGUGCUCGUCGCCUUAACGCUGUACGUCAUGCAGCUGGUGCCUGAAGGUUAUUCCAGCCUGUCUCUCCUGUUGGAGAUGGUGGGCAAGUACGCCAUCACCACGGGUUACGGCCUGAUGUUCGCCUACACCACCGAGCUUUACCCGACUGCGCUGCGGAAUACGGCGACCGGAAUAUGCAACACGGUGGCACAGAUAGGCAGCUGCAUCACGCCUUACCUGCUGGAGCUGAGGUCCUACGCCAAGUUUCUUCCGUACAUCGUCUUGGGAAGUUUGGCGGUUUUGGCCGCCCUCGCCACCAUUCUCCUUCCUGAGAGUUUUGGGCGACCUCUUCCUGACAGCAUGCAGGACAUACGCCAGAGGGAACGCAUCAAGUGCCCCUGCAUGCCGCAAGCUGGGACUCCUGUGACUGUGGUACUUAUGGACAAUGCCAAAGCAUGAAAUGUAACAUACACACUACUGUAGGGGUGUAACGGUACGCCAUCAAAACGCCUGCGUUCAUUUUUUGCGACAGUCACAACAAGCAUAGCAAGCAAGCAAAAUAGAAAACUGCAUAGCUUUUGUGCAAACAUUGUUUUUAAAAGUAAACCAAUAAACUGCAAACAGCUGCCAGGUAAUUUUACAAUAAACAAAAUCUUGUGAAAUGUAAAAAAUGUUUAGUCAUAUACCGCAUUUUCGCAUCGGAUUAUAAGGCGCACUGCCGAUUAACGGUCUAUGUUCGAUCUUUUUUCAUAUAUAAGGCGCACCAGAUUAUAGGAUGCAUUAAAGGAGUCAUAUUAUUAUUAUUUAUUUUCUAAAUGUAAAACACUUCCUUGUGGUCUACAUAACAUGUAAUGGUGGUUCUUUGGUCAAAAUGUUGCAUAGAUUAUGUUUUACAGACCGUCUUCAAGCCGCUUUCUGACAGUCACUUCCGAAUUUACGUGGCUCACCUUCGGCAGCGUCUUCUCCCCGUCAUCUUUGUUGUAGCGGUGUAGCGUGCAAAGACGGGAGUGGAAGAAGUGUCAAAAGAUGGAGCUAACUGUUUUAAUGACAUUCAGACUUUAAUUAAAUCAAUAAUGGAGCAGCAUCUCCUCAUCCGGAAACAACAACGCCGGAAAUGUGUCCCGUGAAAAACCGGUUCCUUGGGUGAAUAAUGUAAACUCAUUACACCGGUAUGAUUUAGCGCUUUCAUGGCAAGUUUACUGACAGAUAUAAGUAAGAACUUUACAUCACUUUAUAUGAGAACAUGGCAACUGCGGAGGAUGAAUGUCACAUAAGAAGAAGAUAGAGAAAAAGAAAAUCUUAUCGACUACAGUGCGCAAUUUUUCAGGAUUUAUGCAGAUCCCAAAUACAGAUCAGCAGGUACCAGAAGGUAAGAAAAGUUGCUUUUGCAUAAAAUUGCGAAACAAAACGCCAGAUAAUAUGUCUUACCUUAUCAUACUUGCCAACCUU